AGUUUUACUCUUGGGCUGUUUCUACUCCCUCUACUACUCAUGGCUGUUUCCACGGGGGUCUUAAACGGUGAGAGCAGAUCGUUCCCUCCUGCACUAGAUGAGAGGGCUGCUCAAUACUCAAUGCUGAAUCACGUCAUCAACAACUUGGCAGCACCCCUUGUCAAUGUUGAUGAGGAUGUUAUGUGGAAAGUAGAGAUACUUAUUGCAGCUGUCAUCAUAGUCUCACUAAGUGUUGUCUAUCUACCAGAUCAUGGUGUCUUUACCAAACCCUUCAAAGCGGUAUGGCGAGUGCUGCUUGGUGUCGCCUUGUGCUACUCAUGCUUUUUGCUGUAUCUCUUGAUCAACUAUAAUAGGGAUAAUGCAAUCCAAUUCUUGGGAUGGUUGGACCCGAACUUGGGCAAGCCCUUGCCCGAGAAGAACUACGCGGACAACUGUGAGCUUUGGGAUGCAGAAAAUCCCCACCAUCUACACAACUUUCUCGACAGAAUUGAUAUAUUCAUCGUUUGCCACUUACUUGGCUGGAUGUGGAAGACAGUUAUAAUUAGGAGCGCGGCAUUAGUUUGGUUUCUAUCUAUACUCUUUGAGUUCAUCGAGAUUUCCUUUAGACAUUUAUUGCCUAAUUUCUACGAAUGUUGGUGGGAUUCAGUGCUCCUGGACGUCUUUGGAUGCAACGCUCUAGGGGUAUGUUUAGGCAUGCUAGUUGUUCGCAAACUUGGACUGGAGGAAUAUCAUUGGGGCUUUUCCCGAGGAGGCUGCUGGUCCGAUCAUCGGAAGCUUCUUCUGUUCCUCUUUAUAACCAUCUUUGUCGAAGUGCUAGACACGACACUCUUUUUCAUCAAAUACGAGUUGUGGAUGCCAACGUCGCACUGGAUCCUCGUUUGCCGGACAUUCUUCUGGGCGUUUUUCGGCCCUCCUUGCACAACGGAGCUUUACAAGUUGCUAUAUGGUCAAUUGAGUACCUUUCCGUUGUAUCUCGCUGUUGGUACGAUCAUCCAAUGUCUAGAGCUCGGUCUCUGUAUCAAGUUCGGUCAAGGUGUUUUCCACGAGUCGAUGCCGAGUAAUAUCCGUAUAUCGUGGGCUGUGAUAUGGACAAUUGUCAUUGCUCGCGUUAUACACCUGCGGAUGGAAGCGGCGAGGAAACCUGUAAACGGUGAAUCUGUACAUAAUGAGAGAGUCGAAUCCCCCGAGCAGAGGAAUUAGU